UCUCUAGUCCUCCCACGAAAAGUCGGGGGGAAAUUCGUGCUGUAACCACGAAUCAAAGUCCCCACUUGUUCCCACAUAGGAACGACACCCCCUUACCUACCCGAACGAAAGUAUACCUGCAUUUGCAUCGCCCCCCUUUUCAACGCCCGCGAAUGAUAUAAAUUGCAAUCAGAGCUCGUACACGUCGCGCGUGCGUAUGUGGAUUAUUGCAUGAUCGAAACGAGUCAAUCUAUAUAUAUAGAGAGAGAUUCGACGGGGAAUGGGGAACUGAGGAAUCCAUCGAUCUCAGAAGGAGGCGAAGGCGGCGAGGGAAGGGAGGACGGGUUGGGUUGGGUUGGGUUGACCCGGGCGGGCGGAUUCACGAGGCGCUUUGAAGACGCCGAAACGGGAGAUUGUUUUGAUCUUUUCCUCCUCUCCCUCUUCUUCUCCUCAUCCUCCUCCUCCUCCUCCUCCUCCUCCACCUUCUUUUUUAAUUGACUUUUUUUAUAAGCGUUCCGUCCCUCCCAUCGCGUCCAUCGACGGAGCCCGUCGCGGUUGCUUCCGGAAUUUUCGGCUUUGUUUUCCGUGACGAUUAGCUGUGUGCGGGGAACGAGAAGAGCCGCCGGCACCCCUCCACCCGGCCAGAUCAGCUCCUCUCUCUGGAGGCGAAAAAGUGUUGUGAGAGUGAGGACCGAAACCUUCCCUUGAUUUAUUGUUGCUGAACUCUUUUGUGGAUUUGCUCUGGAUAGAGCACAAGCGGAGAUCUUGGCCAUUUGGGUCCUGAAAAUCUGUGUGACAAGCUGAAGAUGAGUAGUGUGCAAGAUCAGUUAGAGAUCAAGUUUCGAUUGACUGAUGGGUCGGAUAUCGGCCCGAAAAGCUUUCCUGCUGCUACAAGUGUUGCCACUUUGAAGGAAAGCAUUCUUGCUCAGUGGCCAAAAGAGAAGGACAAUGGUCCAAGGACCAUCAAAGAUGUGAAGUUGAUUAGUGCAGGAAAGAUAUUAGAGAAUAGCAGAACAGUCGGUGAGUGCCGGAGUCCCCUCGUUGACACUCCUGGUGGAGUUACCACUAUGCACGUCGUUGUUCAAGCACCUAUAGAAAAAGAAAAGGAAUUAAACCAACCACGGCAGAAUCGGUGCGGUUGCGUCAUAUUAUAGCUUGCAGAUUCCAAGUGAAGACGGCAUUGUUACAGGAAAAGAGCAUCAAAGCUGGUAUAGAGAACGGUUUUGAGGAAUUGGUGUUCAAUGAGAGGGAGUCGGUACAAAACACGUCGUUAUACAAGUCAAUUUUCGUCACAGGUCUUUGGUUUCUUUAUGCUGCCCUUGGCCCCUUCCAUUGUAUCAUUUCGACACACCUUUUCUUUAUUUGUUUUCUCACCGAUUGCUCACUUUGUAGUUCUUAUAAACUCGGUAUUCAGCAAUAAUCUCAUCUCUUCAGGUCAUAUUCCUAUAUCGAAUACAUCUGCUCUUGGUUCCCA